CGCAGGUCUCCUCGUGAUGACAGCAAAUGACAGCACUGUUCGCCCCUGCAGAAGCCAGUGAGAGACGGCUAAUCGCCAACAAACAAUCCCUCUGACUCGAGAAAUCUUAUGAUCAGCCGUGUUUAGAGACAUUGUGAACAACCGGUGCGCGCUAAUUACGUCCGUUAUUUACCCCUCUGCCUGUGAGAGCUGGUGAAGAUGGUGAAGCCAGACAUCCACACUCUGGCCCACCACCUGAAGCAGGAGCGGCUGUAUGUGGCGUCGGAGAAGCAGCUGAUCCAGAGGCUCAACAGUGAUGUGCUGAAGACAGCUGAGAGGCUCUACCGGGCCGCCUGGAUCGCCAAGCAGCAGAGGAUCAACCUAGAUCGUCUCAUUCUCACCAGUGCGGAGGCCUCUCCAGCUGAAUGCUGCCAACAUGCCAAAAUGCUGGAAGACACACAGUUUGUUGAUGGCUACAAGACUCUGGGCUUCCAGGAAACUAUAUAUGGCGAGUUCGUGGCCCGGUUGAGGGAGAACCCCAGACUGGUGGCGUCAUGCCUGGUGGCAGGAGAGAGGCUGAACCAGGAGCACACCCAGGGGGUCAUCCAUACAGUCUUCACCUCACUUUAUGGCAACUGCAUCAUGCAGGAGGAUGAGAGCUACCUGCUGCAGGUGUUGCGGUACCUGAUAGAGUUUGAGCUGAAGGAGAGCGACAACCCUCGCCGUCUGCUGCGAAGGGGAACCUGUGCCUUCAGCAUCCUUUUCAAGCUCUUCUCUGAAGGCCUGUAUUCAGCCAAACUCUUCCUCACUGCCACCCUCCAUGAACCCAUUAUGCAGCUGCUGGUAGAAGAUGAAGACCAUCUGGAGAUUGACCCAGCCAAGGUGACAGAACGCCUCACUCCGGCCCAGCAGGAGCGCUUUGGGGAGAAGGGCUCUGAGGGAUACAAACAAAGGGUGCAGGCAGCUGUGGAGGCCAAUGAAGCCAAGCUGGUAGCUCUGGUCAAUAAGUUUAUUGGUUACUUGAAGCAGAACACCUACUGCUUUCCCCAUAGCCUGCGCUGGAUUGUGUCCCAGAUGUACAAGACGUUGUCAUGUGUGGAGCGUCUUGAGGUGGGUGAAGUGCGCACCAUGUGCACAGACCUGCUGUUGACCUGCUUCAUCUGCCCAGCUAUAGUCAACCCGGAGCAGUAUGGUAUCAUCUCAGAUGCCCCCAUCAAUGAAGUGGCCCGCUUCAAUCUAAUGCAGGUGGGGCAGCUUUUGCAGCAGUUGGCCAUGGCUGACGAUGAUGCAGACCCAAGGCGGAAAAGCUGCUUGUCCAAAUUUGAUAAGAGUUGUGUAGCUGCCUUUCUGGAUGUGGUGAUUGGAGGACGAGCAGUCGAGACCCCACCUAUGUCCUCAAUGAACCUUCUGGAAGGCCUAAGCAGGACUGCAGUCUAUAUUACGCAUAAUCAGCUGCUGGCGCUGGUGGACUUUGUGCGGAGCGUGACGGCGGGAGACCACCUUCGGGAGGAGGACCACAUGGCUCUGGAGACCCUGUUGGCCAAUGUGCCCCAAUCUCGAACUGUGAAGAGCAACAGUCUGGAGCUCACCCCUUCCAACACCCCCCAGCUCUCCCCGGCCACCACUCCUGCCAACAAGAAGAACAGGCUCCCCAUAGGACAACACUUAGCCGCUAUAACAUCCUGGGACCCCACAACCACCACUCUGUCUGCUCACAUUCCAUUAGUAACCCCUUUUGCUGCUCGUAGCCGCAGCCGUACCAACAUAGCCCAGGAGGGGGAGGCAGAGGCCAGCUCCCAAGAGUCCCUGCAGGAGCUGAUGCCAGAGGAGGUGCUGGUGAUUUCACUAGGAUCUGGUCCUCAGAAUGUCCCUGGGAUGAUGUCAGAGAAUGAGGUUUUGAACCUGCAGAUGGCUGAUGGGGCCCAAGGUGACGGCCAUGCUGAUGACACUAAGCUGCAUGGUAAACCAGACAAAACCCUGCGCUUCUCCCUCUGCAGUGACAACCUGGAAGGCAUCUCAGAGGGUCCAUCUAAUCGUUCUAACUCUGUAUCAUCUCUGGACCUGGAGGGAGAGUCUGUUUCUGAGCUGGGAGCUGGACCAUCAGGGAGCAAUGGGGUGGAGGCUCUACAGCUUUUGGAGCAUGAACAGGCCACCACUCAGGACAACCUGGAUGACAAACUGCGCAAAUUUGAGAUCAGAGACAUGAUGGGCCUGACAGACGAUCGGGACAUCUCUGAGACAGUCAGUGAAACUUGGAGCACUGAUGUACUCGGCAGUGACUUUGAUCCCAACAUGGAUGAAGAUCGGCUGCAGGAAAUAGCAGGGGCAGCUGCGGAGAACAUGCUUGGCAGCCUGCUGUGUCUUCCUGGCUCGGGCUCAGUGCUGCUCGACCCCUAUGGCUCCACGAUCUCAGAGACCACAAGCGAGGCCUGGAGUGUGGAGGUCCUGCCUAGUGACUCAGAAGCCCCGGACCUGAAGCAGGAGGAGCGGCUGCAGGAGCUGGAGAGCUGCUCAGGUGUUGGCAGCACCUCAGAUGAUACAGAGGUCAGAGAGGUCAGCUCUAGACCCAGCACUCCAGGCCUCAGUGUUGUCUCAGGUAUCAGCGCAACCUCUGAAGACAUCCCCAACAAGAUCGAGGACCUGCGGUCAGAGUGCAGCUCAGACUUUGGAGGAAAGGACUCUGUGACCAGUCCAGAUGGGGAGGAGUCAGGCCACGGAUCACACCAUCUGACAUCUCCACCCUCACAAGCUGAUUCCUUAUUGGCCAUGUUUGAUCCCCUCUCCUCUGGUGAAGGUUCCUCCACCGGAACAAUAGUGAGGCCCAAAGUGCACUACGCCAGGCCCCCUCACCCUCCCCCCGACCCUCCCAUCCCUGAAGCCAGCGCCCUGGGGCCAGAGACGCGCCACUCUCUCUUCACGCCCCACUGCUUGGCCCAGGCUGAGCUGGAGCACACUAAGCAGCGCCACUCCUUCCCUGACAGGCUGGUCCGUAGCCGCAGCUCUGACAUCGUGUGCCCAGGCCGCCGGCCCACAAGUGACCCCGGCCUUAAUCGGCGGGUAGCAGUUGAAGAGCGUGACCCUGCCGGGGCCUUCGCGCUAGGACCGUCCUCGUCCCCCAGCAAGGACUCCCUGAAAGGAGAGACUGAGGACAGAAAAGACAGUGAUGAUGAGAAGUCUGAUCGCAACAGACCAUGGUGGAAGAAACGUUUUGUGUCAGCCAUUCCUAAAGCUCCAAUAGCAGCAUUUCGGAAAAGGGACAAGCAGGAGAAAGAUGAUAUUGCUCAGGAGCGAAUCCCACAAGAUGACCCUGUGCCCAGACAGAGCUCACAAGCCCAGGCAGCUGAAGACAUCCUGGACAAGUACAGGAACAUCAAGAGGACCAGCCCAAGUGACGGAGCCGCAACUGGAGCUUCUUACGAUGGGGCAGGAGAUCUUUGUGUUGAGGACAGCGUGCAUGACUCUCCAAGAGAAGACACUCUGCAGAACAUUUCCACAGAUGACCUCCCAGACUCAGCCAGCCAGACAGCACAGCAGCAUGACUCCAAGUUCUCUUUCAGUGAUGCAAAGAAGAAGUUGAGGUUGGCGUUGUGUUCUGCUGACUCAGUGGCUCUGCCCAUCAUGACUCCCGCAACCACUCGAAAUGGGCUGCCUGACCACAUGGACCCUGAAGACAAUGAGAUCGUCUGCUUCCUGAAGGUCCAGCUAGCAGAGGCCAUCAACCUUCAGGAUAAGAACCAGAUGGCCCAGAUCCAGGAGACCACGCGCUGUGUCAGCCGUUUCGACGCGCGUACCUGCCGGAAGCUGCUGGCUGCUAUUGCGGAGGAUUACAGAAAGCGGGCACCAUACAUAGCCUAUCUAACCAGGUGUCGUCAGGGCCUGCAGACCUCACAGGCCCAUCUGGAGAGGCUCCUCCAGAGGGUGCUGAGAGAUAAGGAAGUGGCUAACCGCUACUUCACCACUGUCUGUGUUCGGCUCCUUCUCGAACACAUGGAGUCCAAGAUGCUUGACUUCAUUAAGGCGUUCCAGGGGUGCACAGCAGCUGAUGACAAGACUGCAGCAGUGGAGGAUUUUCUGCGCUACUUGUACGGCGCCAUGGCCCGUGAUGCCAUUUGGCAGUAUGCUAGCGAGGACCAGCUGCAGGAUGCCCAGAUGGCUAUCGAGCGCAGCGUUAUGAACCGCAUCUUCAAACUGGCCUUCUACCCAAACCAAGAUGGAGAUAUUCUCAGAGACCAGCUUUUCCAUGAACACAUCCAGCGGCUCUCAAAAGUUGUGACGGCCAAUCAUAAAGCUCUUCAAAUCCCAGAGGUUUACCUGAAGGAGGCUCCUUGGCCCUCUGCGCAGUCUGAGAUCAGGACCAUCAAUGCCUACAAGACACCAAGAGACAAAGUCCAGUGUAUACUGCGCAUGUGUUCCACCAUUAUGAACCUCCUCAGUCUGGCAAAUGAAGACUCUGUCCCUGGAGCUGAUGACUUUGUGCCUGUGCUCGUCUUUGUCCUCAUAAGGGCAAACCCGCCCUGCCUGCUGUCCACCGUUCAGUACAUCAAUAAUUUCUACGCCAGCCGGCUGAGUGGGGAGGAGUGCUAUUGGUGGAUGCAGUUCACCGCGGCGGUGGAAUUCAUUAAGACCAUCGACGAUCGCAAGUGAAGCAGAACAGCCACCUGUAUGGGCAGACUGCGGGGGAAGGAGCCGGGAGACUGGGAGACUUCCCAACCAACUGCUCCCUCUGCACAGCUUCUAAAACCUGGCCCUCAGCCUGCUCUUUAUUUGUAUAGCUUGUACAUAGCCAGAGACGUUGAAAGAUUACAAAAUAUAUAUUACUGUACGUAUGAGGAUAAAUCCAGGUUUUAGCCGUGGUGGGAUAACGGCCUUGGGGAAAAAUUUGGCAAGAUGUUAUCUUUGAACCUAAUUUGGAUUUUUCCUUUUUAUGUUUUUGUCUCUUCCGUCAUGUUUCACUUUUGGGGUCUGUAUUAGGAAUUUAUAUAUAUAUAUAUAUAUAAAUAUAUAUAUAUAUACAUACACAAUUACCAAUAUGACAUUAAAUCAGCCUAAAAGAUAAUCCUAUUUAAAGGGACCAGACUUCCUUGGUGUGAUCACUGAUCUUUUUUUUUUCUUUUCCUCAGAGUGAGAAGGAUGGGCUUCCAAUUAAAUUACAAUAUAAUGUUCAUCAAAUGCAUUGUAACAUGGUGAUUUACAGUGCGUGAGAGUUAAUGAUGGGAUUUAGUGACUCAAACACAGAGAUCAAUUCAUAAUAACCAUCACUACUCAAAAGGUUAGUGUAUCAAACAGUAGGGCAGCUUAUUUCAUGAAUUGUUUACUUCAACCUAUUCCCAAAACACGUGUCAGUGACAAUUUGGACAGAAGGGCCCACAUAUUUAUAUGAAAUAAAAUGUAUUUAUUUCUGUAAUUCUAUUUAAUGCUUUGUUUAUCUAGUUUUUUUUUUUUUUUUUUUUUUUUAAAUGAAUGCAUAUCAUGCCCAUUCUAGAUGUCUGAGGCAAGUGCUGAUAUUGUAUUAAACUUGCUAGAAAAGCUUGAGUUAGGAAGGCACCUUAGCAAUGAGUAGCCCUUUAGGUGGGGGGAUGCUGGGCGAUUAAGACAUACAGGGUCAACUCAUGCACAGAGGAGUGGUGGCAUUUGAGGAAAUAUUGAAAAUAGUGCCUUUGAUGUGGGGCGCUCUGUACAGGUAGUUAAUUUUCUUUCUUUCUUUUUUUUUUUUUUUUUUUAUUAACCCAGAAUAGGCAUUAACGCCCCCUCUCUUACACACACACACACACAAACACACCCCAAUGGGCCAACCACAUCUCACUGAGGAACCUUUGUCCAGCCCUCACUUGCAGGAACAUAGGCAUCGCUACAUUACUGAUUGUCACGGCUGAGUCCCUUUAAUGCACUUGAGUUUGAACAAAUAUCCCCUUUUGGUAUUCUAGCUAGAUCCUACCUCAGAGUUGAAACCAAUCAGCCUGAUAUCAGUCUGCAUACAGAAACUGUCUUGCAUUGGUUGACAACAGAGUACUGGAUCACUUUUUGCACUGGUUAAAGGUUUGCUGUAGAUUCGUACAUUCAGCACCUUUUCAUAGUAAUACAUUAAGGGGAAGGGAGGAGCUGCUGUGAUGCUUGUUGUGGUCACAUUGCCCUUAAAUAACACAAACCUUUGUUAGCGAACAAAGACGUUUUACUUUCUGAUACUAUACCUGAGAUGCCACAUGUGUCCGCAUGGGCAGACUAGUGAACUAUUGGAUAUUAGCUCUCUACCUCCUCGUAAGUUCAAGAAAGGGACUCGUGUUUAUGUGCACUUAUAUUACUUUUGUUCCCCUUUUUUGGCGUGCUGUGAUAUCCCAUUGUCAUUGUAUCUUUCCAAUUAUAGAACAAGCAUGUCUUUAAUUAUCCAGAAAUGACUAAAACUCCUUUUCUCUUGAACUCCUCUGCUUCAUUUUUGUGCACAAACGUGCCACGUGUAUUAUAGUUUGGAUAAUCCAUUACAUUUUAUGGUAAAUGACCUGACAGCACAAUACACAGUAGGAUAGAAGAGCAAAUAAUCAACACUAUUGACUUGUUACUGACUUGCAGUUUAUGCUAAAGUGGUGGUGGUGUAGUACAUGAGUGUGUUUUUUUUUUUUUUCUUUUUUUUUUUUUUUGUCUAGUGGGUGUGUGAGACGAUUGUGUGAUUGGUUGACCCUCUGCCUCCUCUUGCAUGAAGUCAUUGAAUGGUCUGUACAUUCUCAAUCAUGAUAAAACAGUAGAAUAGGAUUAGUAUCUGCCACAGGCCAGUAAUUGAACCUGCAAGAGGACGCAAAGCUUUUCUUUGUGUCCGUGAUACUUGCAUAUCAGAACUCGAUGAUUUAUUUUGCACAAAAUAUGUCUUUUCCUAAAAAAGAAAAAAAAAAAACAUUUGACAGGGAGCAGUGCAUUUUGAAAUGUUAUUACUUCUGGCCUUUACAGCCGCAGUCAUUUAACAUAAACGUUGUUUGAGUAGCAAACUUAAGGACCUGACUGUUACUCUUUCAAGCUAAUGAGCAUCCGUGUUUAUGGGAGACAUCACAAGUACAUUUUAUAUCCGUCUACAGUAGCACAUGCACCAGAUUCGCAUGUGUGCUGUACACUUCCUUGCAGGGUCUGUGUAAUCAAUUUGAUGAGAAAACCAUGCACUGGAAAAUCAAGUUGCAGGUUGCAUCUAUACUAAUUAGGUUUAUGUGAUGUCACUUUAAUUGGAAAUACAUACUGCACAAAUCUGAUGAAAUUAUUUGGACCUGGCUUAUGUUUCAGGGUUUCCUCAGAUAGCUGGUCACAGCUACCAAUGACCCUGGUGAAGCACUGAUCAAAACAUCACAUUAUUCAUACAAAACCAAUACAUAUGACUGUGAUAUUGACUAUAAUUUUAGUUCUGAUUGUAUGCAAACCACUGAGCAGUGGUAUCAAGUAAACAGACCAAUGAGGUCUGUUCUUCAAAGCUUUACUGCUCUGCUCCCUGUACAAUUGAGUUGAAAAGGAUGAGCAGAGAAAAAAGAAAAAAAAAAAAGUUUUACAUAUUACAUCUAAUUUUACAUUUAAUUGUAAGCUUGCACAAUUAUGACAUGCGGGGAAAGCCGGUUUGUCUUUACUGUGAUUAAUGCAUUAUGUAAUUCUUUAAAAACAAUAAAAGAAGCAGAAGUUUUUCCUUUU